GCAAAAAGAAAAAGAAGAAAGACAAGUUUCUGAUUGAAGACCGAAGUGAAGAAGUGGCAGCUGGCACAACUAUAGAUAGUACAGAAAAAUCACCAAAAAAGUUAAAAAUGAAAAAGAAAAGGGCAUUUGAAGAGGUUGCAAUGAAAGUCGAACCCGAGGACACAGAACAGCUUGAUAGUUGUAUUAUCACCAAACCCAAGAAGAAGAAGAAGAAGAAGAAGACUAAGGUGGCUGGUAAUGGCAAUCAUAAAUCCCAAGAAAAUGUUUCAUCGAUGUCUCCUGUAAAAGUUCCUGCAGACAAUGUACUAAAGACUUCUAUGAAAAGACAGUUAAAGAAAGACUCUGAAAGUCCAUCAAGUCCAUCUAAAAUGGAGAAUAAAAAGCAAAGGAGUAAUUCUGAAAAAGUUGUGAGUGUGGAAGAUGAGGACCUUGAAGUAGAGUGUCAAAACUGGACUAUGGAGGAGGAACUAGAGCUGCUGGAGAAGAUGAAGGCUCUCGCACCCAAGAAGGACACCAAGAAUUGUCGGGUCAGAUUGAAAAAUUUUAAUUGGGAUGAAGUGGCAUUUGGUGACCACUCUGGAGAGAAUUGCAAGAAGCGAUUCAUGGAGAUUUACUCUCGUAUCAGUUCCAUGAAGACACUUGCGACAAUUAUAAAAGAGGCAGAAGAAAAAGUGUCGUCCUUCGCCUCGAGAAAGAAAGAGAUUAGACAACCCAUAAGUCGUUUCUCUAAAGACUUUUUAAGUAAAUCCUCUGUGAAGGGGCCCAGUGUAUUUGCUUUAGCUUUGGAGGCCUGGAAGAAUUUACCAGCUGAACAAAAGGAUAUGUAUCAGGCUCAAUAUCAAGAGGAUUUGAAGAAGUUGAUCUCUCGUUUCCCCCCCAAAAAAAAAACAGAACCCCCAAGAAAAGAAUUUAAAGACGCCAAUCUAUUCGCCAUGCCCAGGAAACCAUAUCACGAUCUGUCUUUCUCACAAAACGUAGUUAACGAAGAGUUCACACAACCUACGGAGCAAUGUCAGGAUUUUGUCACACCAUCUACUUCUGGUAUAGAAUACACAAAAAGAAAUGUAGUGGUAAAAAGAAAAAAGUUGAACAUUGGAAGAACAGACUGCAUUGAAAAAAGCAAUCGAUGUAUUGAAUAAACCACAAGAUGACUACUCAGUGUUUGGAGACAAUGUUGCUUCGGAAUUAUGCCAAUUACGUUCCGAUGAAAAUAGGAAAAUACUGAAACGAACCAUUAUGAAAGCUAUCAUUGAAAUGACGCUUAUGUAGGCCAUGGAACAACUACCUAAAGUUAUGACAGUAAUAUCGGGUUGCAAUGCUAUUUUACUGAUUUAUAAUUAUUUCUUCCCUUAAGAUAAUCUUCUUUCAGAACUUCGUAUACUGCCUUACAAACCUCGGGGAUUAUUUUCGAAAUAGUUGUUACUGGUAUGCGGAACGUGUGUACAUCAGUGAGUGGUAACUGUCCCCUGAAAGAAAUAUUUCAGGUCUGAUAAAUUUAUGUUUGGCAUUAUUUACUAAAAUAUUUUGUUCCUUUCAUGUACGUGUAUGCGUUGUAAUAAAUUUACAAAUAUA